AUGGCAAGCAAAACUUAUACAAAUUUCGCCGUGACGCGGCCGCGAGAAUGGGUGGCGCAUGUGGAGAUCAACCGGCCUACCAAGCGCAAUGCAUUCCUCGAGGAAAUGCGGUUUGAACUACGGGACAUCUUCGACAGUCUCUCGGCCGACCCCUCCGUCCGGGCAAUCGUAUUCUCAGGCGCAGGCGACAAGGCCUUCAGCGCCGGCCUCGAUGUCGUCUCGGCAAACAAGGAGGGAACGAUGUUUAAUCCCCGACCAGAGGAUACAGUUGAUGCAGGCCGACACGCUGUCGCGGUGAGGCGGUGGGCGCUGGAUUUCCAGGACUGCGUGUCGAGUAUUGAGCGGUGUGAGAAGCCGGUUAUUUGUGUCCUGCAUGGCUAUGCAUUUGGCAUCGCGGUUGAUAUUGCGUGCUGUGCUGAUAUCCGCAUCGCUGCGCAGGACGCCGUGUUUAGUGUGAAGGAGGUGGACCUGGGAAUCGCUGCGGAUCUGGGUAGUUUGACGCGUCUGCCGAAGAUCGUGCGGUCGUAUGGCUGGGUGAAGGAGGUAAGUUUGACAGCUAGGACGUUUGAUGCUGCAGAGGCUUUGGAGGAGAGAUUCGUCAAUAAGGUCCUCCCUACCAAGGCCAAGGCGCUGGAGGAGGGCUUGAACCUGGCGUCUUUGAUCAGUGAGAAGAGUCCCAUUGCGGUGCAGGGGACGAAGAACUUUUUGGACUUCAGUAGGGACCACACUGUUGAAGACGGCCUCAAGUAUACUGCUGUCUGGAACGGCGCAGCGCUGCAGACGAAGGAUAUCCCGAUCUCUUUCCAGGCACUUCUUGGAAAGAAGCGACCAACAUAUGAGAAGCUGUAA